AUGGACGGCGGAGAUAAACCCGAAGGAUCAGGGUUGGUUCAGAUGGAAAGCAGCAGUGAGCCUCGUGCUAGUAGUGGUGGUGAAUGGAAAGAGGGCACUGGAGAUAGAGCGAUGGAGAGGGAAGAAGAGGGAGAGGAUUUUGAGAUGAGUGAUGACGAUGAAAGGGACGGGAACGAUUUGACCGACGAGGGGGAGGAGGGGGAGGAAGGGGAGGUACGCCCGGAAGGGGAAGAGAGAGACAUUAUCGAGUCUGUCUUUAGGGAGAUCCAUGCGUGGAAAGGAGAAAGCAGUGUUCAAAGGGAAGGGCAGGGGGGUGUUGAGGGUCAAAGGACGAGAAAGAGCACGGGGAUUAGCACGGGGAUUAGCAUGGGGAUUAGGAGUAGCAGGCGGAAAGAGGGGGAUGGGGGUGGUUUGAGGGGAUUGGUGGGGGUGCGGAGAGGAGUGAGUGGAGUAACCAAGCCGGGAAUUGGGAGGACGGCCCAUGGGAGACGAAGGCUGGUGGGCGGAUGGAUGGCAGGAGUGCCGGAAAAUACUGAGAGAACAGCGAUUGAAAAGCAGAGCACCAGGAGAGGAAAAAGGGGAAGGAGGCUGGUGGACGGAUGGAUGGCAGGGGUGCCGGAGAAGUCAGAGAGAACAGCGAUUGAGAAGCCAAGGAGUAGAAGGAGGAGGAGGAGGCUGGUGGAUGGGUGGGUGGGCGGGCCGUGGGAGAAAGCCUCAUCGGCGUUUCAGUGGGUAAACGAGGCGGGCAAUAAAGAGGAAAUUCUUGGUGUGGAGGCGGGCAGUAAAGCGGACCCGCAAAGAUACUACCAAUGGCAGUGGCCUGUGGAGAGGCUGGGCGCCAGCUGGCACGGCAUGUUCAUGCGGGGCGAUGCCGGGUAUGACAUCAAGGUGAGUGUUGAGUUGAAUCAAAACUGGACUGGGCCCGUAGCGAGGCUGGGCGCCAGCUGGCACGGCAUGUUCAUGCGGGGCGAUGCCCGGUACGACAUCAAGUGGCCCGUGGCGAGGCUGGGGUUCAGCUGGUGUGGCGCCACCGAGUACGACGACACCGAGUACGACGACACCAGGUACGGCGUGAAGAACACCCCCUCAUGUGGAGGUAUCCUCCCUGAAUCAGCCUAUGUCAACCUCCCCGUCUGGGGCUCGGACGCUGGAGUUUCAGAGCUGAAGCUUCUCAGCACUGUGCAGCGCCAGCAGGAGAAGCAAAAUCACAAGCAGCCCGUUCCUGUUCCUCAAGACCAACGGGAUUUCAUGCUGAAGGAGCGCUGGCUCAUUUGGAUGCCACGGUUUGGGCUGGGGAACUCCCUGAGGGCGUACACCUCGUCGUUCAUCUUUGCUCUGCUGUCGGGACGGAGGCUGCUGCGGUGGCACGGGGGGAACCACAAGCAGGUCUUGGACCGUCUGUGCAACGCAUUCUACUGUGGGGUAGACGAGUUGCAAUACAAAGGGGAUAUCAGCAGGCAUGCAAAGCUCAUGGAUGCAAAAAAGCUCGAGAUUCACGGCUUUGACUACAGCCCAAAUGUUGUGGCUGUUUAUUCAGGAGCGUUCUUUGACAGAUUGUGGCGUGGCGACCCCCAGGUCAACCAGUGCGUGCACGACGCCUUCUCCUGCCGCUCCCUCUGGUGCAUCCGCUCCAAAGUGCUCUCUCUGCUCCUCGGCAACGGCCCCAAGCCGGGAAUGCAAGACGUGGUGGACAGAGACCUGAGGGUGGUGCCGCCGCUCGUGCUCCGAGGAGAAGAGGUGGGGAGGAAGGAGGGGGAGGUGACAGAAGGGAAGGUGGAGCCACGGAUGGUUCAGAAAGGGGAGGGAUUAAGGCUGCAGUUUGACGUGGCGCUGCACAUCCGUGGACAUGCCAUCAACGUGGAGGGCGAUUACUGUAUAAAAAAUGACAAGAAAUGCCGGGAGAAAGCGCAGAGAGGAGAGCAAGUGCGGGCGCAUGCAUACAUGAAGCCAAGGCAGUGGCGCUGCAUUGUCAGACUGAUGCAGUUCCUAAGGAUCAAGAAGGCCGCUGCUGGAGGUUUCAGUAAUGCCACAGCCGCUCCUGGCCGAUCUCCUAAUGCCACAGCCGCUGCGGGUGGUUUCACUAAUACUACAGCUGCUGCUGAUGGUUCGGCCAAUGCUACAGGCAAUACCGUGGGGGUAAUCAACGGUAAAGCCCCUCUUGCUACCGCCAACUCAGCCACCAAGUCAACCAAAGCUUCAAGUGAACACACGCGGCUUUCAGAGCAUCCACAGGAAAGCAUGUUGGGUAAUGGGACAGUCAUUGCUGAUCCUGCUUUAGAGCACACUUGCCGCUUUGAUGUGGAGCAUAUGGGAGAGUUAUGGCCGUAA